AUGAUGAGAAUUUACUCAAUACUCAGGCUGCGUUCUUCCCUGAAUACACCAGUGUUACACUUUUCCAUACUUGUGUGUCGCAACGUGAUAGAGAUGGGUUCCGACACGAGUACUCUUCAAUGCACGACCGCGGACAUAAAGGUCCUCACGUCGACAAACUCUAGCAGGUUCAUGUACGCGGAUGUGCAGAAAGUCAUGACCUCGUACGUUUUACCGUGCAUUCUCCUGGUGGGACUGCUUGGGAACAGCGCCUUCUUGUUUGUGGUAGCACGGGUCCGAAGCAUGCGGACCGUGACAAAUUUUUACCUCGCCAACUUGGCCGUGGCUGACAUGGUGUUUCUGACCAUAGUGAUAAUCGGCCGGGUUUACACCCUCGCGGUGUACGGCGUCCCAAAUGACGUCCUUGGUGUGGCCGGCUGCGUCGCGGAUAACCUCUUCGUCUACAUCUUCCACUUCGCCGGUCUGUUCCUCAUCACCUUCAUGUCCCUUGAGCGAUACAUCGCUGUGUGCCACCCACUGCGGCAUCGGCUCAUCAGCGGUCGCGGCUGCACCGCCAAGCUGGUCCUUGCCUGCUGGCUGACGUCGACGGCUCUCGCAGCAGUCCUCAUCCCCACCUCCGUGCGGUUCAUCCAAUACUGUGUCCGGUGGCCUCUCGAGGACUCAGUGCUCUACCAGAACUUCCCCGAAGUCAUUGGGCAAUGCCUUGGACUCGAUGAACCCUGGGUCAACCCACUCUUACACCUGACACAGACUAUCCCUUUCUUCAUGGCUCUUUUCGGCAACUCCUACUUUUAUGCCCGCAUUGUGUUCAAGCUCAACAAGAGGAACUCGUCGAGUGACAGGCAGCGUGUCAUCCGCACCCGUAACCACGUAGCCCUAAUGCUGGUGGCCAACGGCUCUGUGUUCUUCCUAACGCUCACAGCUUUCCAAGUGACCUCAAUGAUACUUUUCGUCGAAAACUUUCUGGAAGUGGAAAUUAUACCUUACGAUAUUCGAUACAAUCUUUUCGAAGCUAAUCGGGUUCUCCUUUACGCGAACUCUGCCGUGAACCCCAUCGUUUACACCGUCACCAACGCCCGAUACAGGCAGGCUUUCAGGAGGGCGUUCAGGCCGGCCAGGUGGGGUAAAAGACGAGGCGAGAACUCAACGAUAUUUAGCACGUUUCCUGAUUACUAUUCCCAGUACCACAUCAACUCAGGAGGACUUGCACCCAUUCCUCGCCCCAAAUCGCCGCCCAAGAGUCCGAUGGUAGCGCGGCCGGCCACCUACUCCAACGCCUGUUUCGAUCCAAUUGAGACUGUGACCCCAAAACCUGAUGAAAACGAGGAAGACUGGGACGAGCAACUGCCACAGGGACAACAAAACUUAAAAUGUGAGUAG